CCCCUUCUGUUAUCCAACCCCCAAAAUCAAUCAACAAUGCUUCUCACAUCCCAAUUCAAAUCCCUCACCCUCACCAAUCCCUUCCUCCAUGGCGCCACCGCCCCCUUCAAGCCCGCCGCUGCCUCCAUCGCUCCGCCUCCUCCCCCUGCUGUCGUCCCAGUCAUCAGGGCGAUGAGAACCCUGCAAGGCAGAGUGGUGUGCGCCACCAGCGACAAAACCGUGGCCGUGGAGGUGACGCGCCUGGCCCCGCACCCCAAAUACAAGCGGCGCGUGAGGAAGAAGAAGAGGUACCAGGCGCACGACCCUCUGAACCAGUUCAAAGUCGGCGACGUCGUGCAGCUGGAGAAGGGCCGCCCCGUGAGCAAGAACAAGACCUUCUGGGCCGUCCCCGUCCCCGCCCGCCCCUCCUCCUCCAAGCCCGCGGAGGAGAGUCUCGGCAUUCCGUUGGAGUCGGAGUUGAACCAAGUUUGAAUUUUGUAUUAAGGCUUUGUUUUUGUAAUUGCUACUUUUUGGGAAUUACUGCAAUUUUAAGUGAUUAUAUUGUGUUGAA